UCACCAUCUAUGACUCUAGGAGUUUGUGAGUUCUUUCAUUCUUAACGUUUAUAACUAUUACCUACUAUGAUAAUGAAGUAUGUUUAAUUAUUCAGAGUUGCUUAAUAUUGUUCAUGUUGUUAUUAAUGUCGAUUUGACAUUGCAAUACAGUUUCCAAUUGUGCUCUCAGACACAUGUUUGUAGUCUUUAAAACGUUUAAAUGUCAUGAUUUCUGAGGUUUUUGUAUUUUAUUUAUCUUUUGUCUCAUGCUAUGACAUUCAUUCAUUUGAGUAUAAAUACCCUUGUCCCCCUUUUUUCCAUUUUUCAAUGUACUUGAACCAGGUCACUAAACUUCCUUGAUGUACUAUAACCUGUUUCCCCACCCUUUGUUACCAUGCAAUAAUUCAUAUCCAUCGGUGGUGAGUUUCAAAAUACAGUAUCUAGCCCCCUUCUCUACAGUUAAGUAGACUACUAAACCUAAUUUUCUUCUUUCUCCUCACCUUCUUUAACUUUAUUCUAACACUUCAUUCCCUUCCCCCUCCCUUCCCUUUAGCCAACUUCAAUCUAUAUCUGGUACAUACUACACUUCUGCUUUGAUAGAACCACACAUAUUCCAGUUUUGCUCUCUGGUCAUAUCUGAUCCCCAUAGUAAUACCCCCACACACGCAAAUAAAUGAGUAAACACAUAACACUUAAAACUUUUACAAUAGCAACGCAAAAUGUCAAAGGGUUCUUAUCUCCAGAAAAGAGGUCAAUUGCCUUCCAUGACUUCUAUAAAAAGUGAAUUGACCUCCUUUUAACCCAAGAAACACACUUUAGAAAAACCAAUGAACCCAAACUGUCUACAUAUUACUAUGACCAGCACUUUCUUAGUUCAGGCCCAGAUAAAAAAGAAUGGUGUGGGUAUCUCUAUCAGAAAAGGCACCUCCUUUGAACUACUAAAUAAAUAUUCUGACACUGACGGUAGAGUUCUAAUAAUUUUGGGCUUACUAUAUGGUAGACCCCUCACAAUAGCUAAUAUAUAUGCCCCCAACCGACUCACACCCACAUUUUUUCAUAAGGCACUUAACCAACUAAUAGAUAAUGCUAAAGGCCUCACUAUUAUAGGAGGAGACUUUUUUUUAACUUUCCACUCAACCCAGCAAUAGAUACAUCCACAGGGCAAUCUUAUAUGGGAAAUAGAUGAACAAAGGCUAACUGGCAUGCUCUCCAAACCCUUCCACUAUAUGACACCUGGCAGAUUACGCAUCCCACUUCUUGGGACUACAUCUUCUUCUCACAUCCACAAAACUCCUACUCCCGACUUGACUACAUAGUUUGCGACCGAACCACACUAUCUAACUUAAAAGAUUCUAAGAUAACACAUACGGUAUGGUCAAACCACAGCACAGUGAUUAACACUUUCACUUGUUCCUCUAUACCACUUAACCGUCCAAGCUGAAGGCUCAAUGAUCUUAUAUUUUCAGACCCACUCAUCCUUACAGACAUCAAGGAGAGAACAGUUGAAUUAUUUUCUAUUAAUAAUCCCCUAGACACUUUUAACUCCAACAAUUGGGAAGCAUACAAAUGCUUUAUAUGGGGGGAACUCAUCAAACACAUGAAGAGACAACGUCAGCAAAGAACUGCACAAUAUAAUACUCUCACCUCUAAAUUUAUGCAAUCCGAACUGGCACAUAAACUUAAUCCGACUUCCCCUCAACAGCGGGACAGAGACACUUUAAAUGAUUAUAUAAUUAAAAAUGUGCAUUUGCGCUCCCUCACAAUGAAAGCAAAGUUUUUUUUUGAAAGAAAUACAAUGGGUCCAAUGCUAGCUAGAUCCCUCAAAAAAAAGAAAUACAAAACAUUUAUUAAAAACAUUAAAAGACAUACAGGACGUACCUCUUUCGAUAGUAGAGCCAUACUACAGGACUUUACAAAAUACUACACAUCAUAUACAAUUUAGAAUCGUGCAAUCCCAAUUCUAAAACAAAUCUUAUUACAGAUUAUCUAGCCCAUAUUAACCUCCCAUCCCUUACAGCAGAAGACUUUUCCACCUUAGACCAACCAUUCCAUAUACAAAAAAUUCUAACGGCUAUAAAAUCCCUCCCACCCGGGAAAGCCCCAGGCCCAGAUGGCUUCACCCCCAAAUUCUACCAUCUACUUAAAACACAAUUAAGCCCACAACUCUUUACUCUAUUCCAAUCGAUAGACCAGACUGGUAAUCUCUCCCAACACCUCUUGGAGGCUACCAUAUCGGUUAUUCCCAAAACCAGGCAAAUGCCCUGAUCAAGUAGGUAACUAUAGGCCAAUAUCCCUAUUGAACAUAGAUGUAAAACUUUAUGCUAAGAUUCUAGCCACUCGUAUAAAGUCCUGCCAUACCUGAUCCAUACUCACCAGGUGGGCUUUAUCCCCGGCAGAGAAGCCAAAGACGAUUCGAUUUGUGUACUUCAAACUCUAUAUUACUCCAAUAAUAGGAAAACCUUAAUUAUUUUGCUCUGUACGGUUGCUGGGAAGGCAUUCAACAGGGUGGACUGGGAGUUCACGUAGUCCACCUUGUUGAAAUUUGGGUUCUCUACCAAAUUAAUUACAAGAAUAAAGGCUCUAUACACUAACCCUACUGCUGUAAUCCACGUUAAUGACUCAACUGCGGACAAAUUUUCCAUUAAAAAUGGUACCCGACAGGGUUGCCCCCUAUCACCCCUCCUAUUUCCCCUUACAGUUGAGACUUUUGCUACACAUAUCCGAUGUAAUCCAAACAUCAACGGACUGAAAUUUGGCACCAUAGAACAAAAAUGCCUACUGUAUGCAGAUGACAUCAUCUUCAACAUAGGCUCCCCAAUCACAUCCAUCCCCACUAAACUAAAAGAACUUGAUACAUAUAAAGUGAUCUCUAACUUUUCCAUCAACAUGGACAAAACAUCCCUAGUACCCAUUAACCUGACGACAAACAAAACCACAUAUAUAACUUCAAACACCCUAUUCUCAAUCUCCAACUCUAUACGCUAUCUAGGCAUCAAUAUUACACCAGACAAAACAGAGCUAUUCAAUUUGGCGGCCUAGGAAUUCCCAACCUGACUACUUUAGGGCUCCCCAACUAGCACGUAUUGCUGCCAUAUUAAGCCAUGGGUCCAACUAGAAGCAGCGCUCCCCAAUCUUCCUUCUUUGGGCGAGAUGUGUUGGAUCCCUAAAAGAUACAGACCAACAACAUGCACCACCAACUACUAUGUAGCAAGCACACUUAAAACAUGGGACAAAACCAUCCAAUUAAAUCACAUAAUCUCAAGCCAAAUAUCCCCUCUCACCCCACUCUAGGGACACCCAUUGUUCCUCCAGCCCGAAUUGACACAAACAAUCUCCAUAUCCGAUCAUUUACAACAACUAUCAAUAUCUUCACUGUUCAAAGACAGACAUUUCAGAAUGCAAAAUGACUUACAACAUAUAGGAACACCUUUUCCCAAAUGGUUUGUAUAUCUUCAAAUUCAUCAUGCAAUCCAAAUUAAUCCACAUAAGCUAAAUUUGCUUAGAGGCUGCUUCCCAACACAUAAAACCCCUAUACAUAACUAAGUGGGAAAAUGAACUGCAAGAAACGUUUACAGAAGAACAAUAAAGCAAAUUCUUUAAAUUGAUUAAGAAAGCAUCCAUCUCCCCAAUCAUUGUAGAACUUAACUACAAAAUCCUAUCAAGAUGGUACUUCACACCCCGCCGACUCCACAGUAUCUUCACUGGUGCCUCCUCACUGUGUUGGAGACAUUGUGGUGAAAUAGGCACUCUCCCAUAUCUGGUGGCAUUGCCCUCAGAUAAAAACAUUUUGGGAAAACCUCACCUUACACAUUAACUCAAUAUUAGGCACAACACUCGGACUUUGCCCUUCCAUUAUACUCCUCAUUGACCUCCCCCAAAUCCCCUGUCUGUAUCAUAGGAAAUUGUUACAAUGUAUGAUAAAUUGCGCCAAGAGAUUUAAUACCUAGAUUUUGGAAAAAAGCGACAACACCCACCUUACAAAUGUGGCUAAAGGAAGUGAUCAUGUUCUCUCGUUGGAAAAACUCCACUACUGCUUUCAAGGUAAAGCUGAUUUUAUCUUAGGUUAUUUUGUUGUUUUCUGGUCCCAUAUAAAUAUGAUGUCUAACAAGUACCUUUGACACAAAACCUUCUCAUCUCCCCCUCCUCCCCUUCUUUAACUUAUUUCCUCUUCUACUUUUCACCCUCUUUAGAAAUAUCCUUCAUUUCUUUACGGUCACACGGCUACGCUGAUUAUAUUGCGUCUAAUUUAUGUUAUCAACAGUGACUAAUUUGUAUUUAUAUUUUACUUUAUUCCAGAAAUGCUAUGUGCUAAUGUUAUUCAUGUUGUGUUCAUUUUUGAAAAAUUCAAUAAAAAACAAUUUAAUUAAAAAAAAUAACUGUUUACUGUUUGUAAUUUAUUUUCAUUAUUAAAUUGUACACAGCCUUUUAAAUUACCUGUUAUGAGGCACUGGCUCCUACUUAGCAUAUGCAGGAGUUCACAUUAUAUAAAAAUUUGUGUCUGUUAUUGUCUGAUAGCUGUCACAUGGUACAGGUGCAGAACAACAUUUAUCAGAAAAAAAAUUACUAUGACUUGCAUUUUAUUUUUAUUAUGCAUGCAUAUCUCAUUAUAUUAUCACUCCUUGUAAACAAAAUAAUCUUUCUUUUCUUAACUCUGUCCAAGAUAACAAUUGAAAUGAACAUUUUGGUGCCUAUCUUGCAGUAUGACUUAAGACAACUCAGUAUUGACCAAGAGAAGUUAAAGGACUGGGGGUGGAGCACAUGACAAAAUGUCUGACAGUGAGAAUUAGUAGGAAGUACAAUACCAAUACUGCUGUAUCCGAUUUAACUUCUAUUUAAACAACUGAUUUUAAGCAUUUCAUUCAGGAGAAAAUAUUGUUUCAUAUAAAUGAUAGAAAACAAAGAUUAUAAUAUAUUUAUAAAGUUGUGACAUGGCCCCAUUUAAAUUGAUUUUCUACCAUUAUGUUGUAUAGAUCUGGGAAGAUUAAUAUUUAAAGUGCAAUUAUAGCACCCACAGAGCUAACUGUACUAAAUGCUUGUGCUGAAUCAAUAGCACAUAUGUAAUAACCUAAUCAGCUGAUCUGUAUCACAUGAAUUGUUAUGUGUGCCUUUAGUUAUACCAUACGUACAGUUAAUCAGAAGCAUUAUUAUUAUCUGUCUAAACCAUUUAAUAUACUUUUUACAGACACGGCCAGAUCACUGAGAGAUAUCAGGUAUUGAUGUAACUGGAGUGAAUAAGGGAACCUUCUUCCUGAGCACAGACAUUGGAGCCUGUUAUCAGCAUGAACUCAUAUGUGUUAGACAAACACGUGAAUACUUCAUAUCCAUCCUUCACUACAGAAAGCAUCGGAAUGAUUCCACAAACUCCAAAAAUCUUAGACACCAGUGACUAUUCACAAACAUUGGGGAUAUCGCAAAAGAUAUUAACAGACAAUGGUGAAUUGGCAGGAACUGGGCAGCAAUCAUUAUGUACAGAGAGUAAUUUAGUUAUCAAACAAGAGGACAAGAUUUAUGACUUAUCUAGCGAAAUGAUUAUCCCGGAGGAUAAACCACACAUAUUUAUUGAGUUUUCAAAACAUAUUAAAGAAGGGAAAAUUUUACAGUCUAGCCAAAUAAUUCAAACAAAUGAGAAACCUUUCCAAUGUACACAAUGUGAGAAAAGCUUUAGAUGGAAUUCUCAUCUACUAGAACACCACAAAAUUCACACAGGUGAGAAACCACACACAUGUACUGAGUGUGGAAAAUGUUUUACACGAAUGGAUUAUCUGAAAACUCAUGAAAGGAUUCACACAGGGGAAAAGCCUUUCACAUGUACAGAGUGUGGAAAAUGUUUUACACAAAUGGAUCAUCUGAAAAACCAUGAAAGGAUUCACACAGGAGAAAAGCCUUUCACAUGUACAAAAUGUGGAAAAUGUUUUACACGAAUGGAUCAUUUGAAAAAACAUGAAAGGAUUCACACAGGAGAAAAGCCCUUCACAUGUACAGAGUGUGGAAAAUGUUUUACACAUAUGCGUACUCUGAAAAACCAUGAAAGGAUUCACACAGGAGAAAAGCCUUUCAAAUGUACAGAGUGUGGAAAAAGUUUUAUACAAAUUAGUACUCUGAAAAAGCAUGAAAGGAUUCACACAGGAGAAAAGCCUUUCAAAUGUGCAGAGUGCGGGAAUUGUUUUACACAUAAGAGUACUCUGAAAAAUCAUGAAAGGAUUCACACAGGAGAAAAGCCUUUUACAUGUACAGAGUGUGGAAAAAGUUUUACACAUAUAAAUAGUCUGAAAAGUCAUGAAUGGAAUCACACAGGAGAAAAGCCUUUCCCAUGUACAGAGUGUGGAAAACGUUUUACACAAAAAAGUAAUCUGAAAACUCAUGAAAGGAUUCACAAGGGAAGAAACCUUUCACAUGUUUAGAAAGUGGGAAAAAGGGUUUUAUUUAAAUCAGGUAUCACAAAACACAAAAUAUUUACACACAAAUAAACUUUAUAUACGCAGUGUACAAACCUUUGUACAAUUAUCCUAAAGAGGACAAACUAUCUAAAUAGAAGCAUCAAAAAGGAUCCUAUUGUAAAUAAUACUUUUUAAUCCCAGUUAUAUAAGCCCCAGAUUGGAAGUGCUCUUCUGCUGGCCAUUGUUCCUCUAUAUAUGUGCACCUCAGUUUCUCUCAUAUCAAUGUGAUAGAAUCCAAACACCACACAGGAGUAUACAGAUCUGUCCUCAUACUGACCAGUUUACACAACCAUUCACCACCAAAGCACCCCCAGUGUUUAUUAAUAUGCCAGUGUUAGGAGUUGUACGUUUGAUUUACAUAGGGAGAAAAUAAUUAUAUUUACAGAAUAAAGGAGUCUUUAUAUGAAUAGAGUGUUAGAGAAUUAUAUAAACAAGAACAGCAUUCUCAAAUGAUUGACAUAUGGGAGAUAUAUUUAAAGUGCACAUCUUGUGGAUAAACCUUUUCUUAUAGCAAUAGAUGCUUAGCGGUACAUGUUAUAUAGCAGAGGAAUUACUGAGGGGAAACUGAUUUUAUUUCAUGGGACACAAUAUCAGUAACCGGAACAUACGUGAUCAUAAUCAGUUUAAUUUAAAUGGCUUCUAUAAUCUACAUGUAUACUGGGUAUGUAAUAUGUGUGUCAUGUUCUGUAACUUGAUAUUAUGUCUGUUAGAUGUUUUCAUGUUAGUUAGAAGCCACAAGAACUGUUAAUAGCACAUACUGUAUAUAUAAAGGGAACAUUAUAUGUCUGAUAAAUCCCUUUGUAUGAAGAGCACCAGUGUUAGGUAUAUUUAUACCAUUGUGUGCAUAUAUCAUGUAAUGCUGCUUUCUCUUGCAAGGUGUAUCCAGUCCACGGAUUCAUCCUUACUUGUGGGAUA